GAGGAGGGGGCUGGGAUGGGGUGGGAUGCUCCGAAGAGGGAAAGACUGUUUCGCUUGGAACUUGUCAGCAUUAACAGUAGCUUUAGCAACCCCUUCCCCCUCCCUCCCUCCCCCUCCCGCUGCGUUUUGCCCUCUUCCUCUUCUUCCUUUUCUUCUUCCACAUUCCUCUUGCUCUUCUUCUCCCAUCCCCACCAUCCCUCUCCCUCCCCUCCCCUCCCCUCCCCUCUCCACCACCAUCGCUUUCUCUCUCUCCUUCUCUCUCCUUCCCUGCUCGCUCUCUUCCUCUUCUUCUUCUUCUGGCCUGCUGUUGUCGUAGCGUCGUGGCCUGGGACAGUUCUGAGAGCUUUUGUCUCGUAUUGUUUUCUCUGGGAAUCCCCUCUUCUCUUCUCUCCUCUCCCUCCUGGUUUGGUGCGUGGUUAUGCGUGGUAUUUGAAGCCAGCGGGUGAGCGGUUCGGGUGUCUGUGGAUGUUUCAUUCGGUUUCGGAGCGUUUCCGUGCUGCUUGGAUUUUCCUUUCUGGUGUUUGGUUUUCUUAUUGGGCAGUUAGGAUUCGAGAGGGUGAAGAGAAGCAGGGAAGUCUGGCGGGGUUUGCGAGAGCAGUUGUUGGUGGUGUGAGCCACCUGGCUACAUGUGCUCGUCGUGGGCGCGGAGGGUGUGAGCAGAAGCAGCCAGUGAUGGCGGAGGACGCGAAGAAGGCGAAGUUGGUGGCCCCGGUGGUGGACGGACCUGGGGGGAGUGCUGUAGUGCAGCCUUCUGCUGCUCCUGCUGCGGCUGCCGCUCCUGUCGCUCUCCCCCCACCGGAGCCGGAGAAGAAGGUGGAGGAGGAACAGGUUGACUACAGCGUGGACGAGCUUCUUGCGCAGCAUCAGGACUUGGUUGAUAGUUUGCUUGCUGAGGGUAUUUUGGACGAUCAGUUCACCCAGCUCCAGAUGUUGCAAGAUGAGAGUAAUCCAGGAUUUGUGGAAGAGGUGGUGACUCUGUUUUUUGAUGAUUCUGAGAAGCUCCUCAACAACCUUACGGACUCUCUGAAGACAGAUCCCAUAGAUUACAAGACUGUGGAUGGUCAUGUUCAUCAAUUUAAAGGGAGCAGCUCCAGCAUUGGUGCACAACGAGUGAAGGAAUUGUGCAUAAAGUUCCGGAUUUGUUGUGAAAAUGGAGACAAGCAAGGGUGUCUCGGCCACCUAGUGAAGGUGAAAGAAGAGUUCAACACUGUCCGGACUAAACUCGGGAAAAUUCUUGAGCUGGAGAACCAAAUUGUGGCCAAGGGAGGCGUUCUUCCUCUUGUGGAGUGCUGAAACAGCCUUUCAAAAUUGUAGUUUAGUUCUUGCGUGUACAUGCAUCUAGGGCUGCAGUAUUCUAGAGGCACUCUAGUCUAGAUCUCCUGUACUUCAAGGUGUCGCAGCAGAUGGCCAGUCAGGGUGGGUUCUUUUGAAUUUCUUUCAAUUCUACUGCUAUUGGACCAACAUCAAUGAUGAACAUUUGAUACGCGUGUUUGAAGUAUUAUUCUCAAGAAACAUAUCUGAAAAGCCAGAAAACAAUGCUGUUUUCAAGAAUCUCUGCCCAAA